UCAGCCAAAUUCAAUAUGACCUAACCUAAGGAAAACAAACUAUUUAAUGCAUAGUUGCAUACAAUUCAAAAGGAAAUCCCUACAUUCAAAUUUCCCUCCUAACUCCCUCAAAAAUCCUUCCUAAACUGCUCUCGCAGCUUGGGCGGGCGAUCGGCGCGUACAAGAGACAUGAAACACUUCCGCCUCUAUUACGCAUGGACCGGUCUACUACUGGUCUAACACAUUCGCCUUGUCCGGUACACUUUUGUAUAUCUAUGUGGUUAAUCAAGACACAUUUUGGUCCUCAGCUGUUGGAGAAUUUGUAUAAACAGCCAGGACAGAGGUUCCAGAAUUUUACAGAUAGGAACUUUAUCAACUGGAAGGAAGGGAUGUGGAGAGUCCGGCUACAACAACAACAACAACAACAACAUCAAGCCGGCUACAACAAAAAAAAAAAUUAUUCUAAGGGUCCUGGGAGGAAAAAUUAUUCCGUGCAGAUACCGAAUGUUGUUCGGAGCUCAAUGAAAAUGCGUCACGUCACCAACUGCUCAGUACUGAAUGAUGUGGUUGUACUUGAUUCGCCUUUGGACGAUAAGCUGUUUUUGAUGUCCUGAAGAGAGAACUUCGUGAAGACAGUCUGCAGGUUGCUCGAGUAUGGCAUCAGGAGACAUUCAAAUGGUGUUUUUAAUGUAGUUUUGGGACAAAUUAUGCUAUGAAAUCAGUAGUUGAAUCCUGUAUUGAUGGAGCAGUGGAUGGGGCAAUUUCCGGGAACAUUAUAAAUGCAGUAAUGACAAUAAAGAUAGAAGCUGCACUUCAGUUUGACAGAUGGAAUUAUAAGUAUCUGUGGCGGCAUUAUCAAGUGAUUAUAUCUUGAGAUUUUAGUUGAAGGGAGAACAUAGUGGAAGAUUACUGGCACCACUAAAAUUCGUCAAUUCUGUAGUAUUUUAUAACAGUUCUUAAACGAAGGACUAAAAUACUCUUUAGAUAUGAUAUAGGGGCUGUUUGGUUGUCUGAAAAA